AUCCCUAAGAAAAUAGGAUAAACUACAGAGUCGCAAAGACAAAAAAGAUCACGUGAAUCUUACUAAUUCAUGCUAUAGAAAACUAACGACAGAAUAAGAUUUAUUAUUGGAAGGGAACUUGAAGCCUCCACUACCUUCAAAAUGUCUUUCAUGUUCAGAAGCGAUCAUAUGACGUAUUGUAACAUAUAUGUGCAAGUGGAAGCCGCUUAUGAGACUGUCGCGCAACUCGGAGAAAUGUCUUGUGUCCAAUUUCUUGAUGCAUCACCAGAAUUGAAUGCCUUCCAAAGGAGAUACGUAUCUGAGCUAUGUCGCUGCGCGGAGUUGGAACGCAAACUUGGCAUCAUUCAUAACGAAAUGGUCAAAGACGACAUCUAUAUACCAAAAUUUAUAGGUGAUGAACCGAGUGCUAUGCCACCAAAAGAAAUAAACACUUACGAGAACAUGAUAGAGAAAUGGGAAAAUGAUAUCCAGUUGAUGGCUGGCUAUCAAACCAUGUUGCUGAAGAACCAUCAGGAUCUGGCAGAAAUGCACUAUGUGUUGACAUUAGUGGGUCCAAUUCUCGGCGAUGUGGAGUUUAGGAGGGAGAGCCUCUUUGGUAACAAGGGGCCAGGCGGUGAUAAUAAUGUUGGCGGGCUCAUAUUCGUGCGGACCGGCGUUGUCAAUCGUAGCAAAAGUUUUACCUUUGAGACCAUGUUGUGGAGAAUUUCUCGAGGGAAUAUAUACUUCCGUACUGCCUCUGAAGACAGAUCUUUUGAAGACCCCGCUAAUAGUGGCACCUUCGUCCGAAAAGUGGCGUUUUUGGCGGUAUGUCAAGGAAAGGCAUUAUCUACGUUAUUGGAGAAAAUUUGCACCGCAUUUCAUGCAAAUAUGUACCCUUGUCCAAGGACGUUCGCCGGACGAACUGAAAUGCUCAACAAGCUUUUGACAAGGCUCAGUGAUUUAGAUCAAGUGAUAAGAAAAUCUAAAUAUUUUCGAUGCAAAACUUUGAAGUCAAUAGGCAGACUUUACAAUCCAUAUAUAAUUAAAGUCAAAAAAGCAAAGGCUAUAUAUCAUACGAUGAAUCGGUUCAACUUGGAUAUUACGAGGAAAUGCCUAAUUGGCUACUGUUGGGUUCCAAGAAGGGACUUGAGGAGAGUUCAAGAUUCACUUUACAAGUCAUCGGGUACACCCGGGUCAAAAAUGUACUCGUUCAUAACGGAAGUGGACACUAUCGAGCCACCACCAACUUUCCAUCGUAACAACAAGUUCACCCGGGGUUUCCAGGCCCUUAUAAGCGCUUAUGGAGAUUCCACUUACAGAGAACUUAAUCCAGGGUUGUAUACAUUGAUAACUUUCCCAUUUCUCUUCGCGGUCAUGUUCGGGGAUUUUGGCCAUGGUCUUCUUUUGCUUGCCUUCGGCCUAUGGAUGGUGGUCAACGAGAAGAAAUUUAUUAAACAAAACUCUACCAAUGAGAUUUGGAAUAUAUUUUUUGGAGGUAGAUACGUAAUUUUCAUGAUGUCGCUGUUUACUAUGUUCACGGGUUUCUGUUACAACGAUUUCUUUGCAAAGUCCCUAAAAUUUGGACCUGGUUAUUGGGUAAAUCAGUACACGCCACAAGAAUUGGCCGCCAGUGAACAAUUGCAACUAGACCCGGCCUUGCUAACCGGCACUCCUUAUUGUUUUGGCAAAGAUCCUGCUUGGGCUUUAGCGAAAAAUAAGAUUUUAAAUGAGAAUUCUCUGAAAAUGAAAAUGUCUAUAGUACUCGGAAUAGUACACAUGGUAUUUGGAUUAACUUUGAGCCUCUUUAAUCAUAUAUUUUGUAAAAAUAUGUUUGCGAUUUUGCUUCAAUUUGUACCAGAAAUUGUAUUUUUGCUUUGCCUUUUUGGGUGGCUAGUAUUUCUGAUAUUUUGGAAGUGGCUAUCAUUCAGCGCUAAAAGUGGGGAUCUCAAGUCUAGACCCGGAUGCGCACCCUUAAUUCUAAUCCACUUUAUCGACAUGUGUCUUAUGAGAGAGACUAAAUCCCAAGAUCCAAAUUGUAACGCUUAUUUCUUUCCAAUGCAACAUUUGAUACAGCAAAUACUGUUACUAGUCGCGCUAUUUUGUGUGCCUGUACUACUGCUCGGAACGCCAAUAUUUACAAUUAUUACUAAUCCGAAGAAAAGGGUUGAAGCACUAGUAAGUUACUUAUUUUACUAG